ACAUGUUCUUCCAUCUUGACCCUGCACUGACGAACGGCCAUGCUUUAAGGAGACAGCAAUAUAAGGAGCAAAGGAUGUUUUGUUUGUGCUUCAAAGAAGCACAAGUGCAGACAGAAUGCUCCCUCUCUCUCUCGCUCUCGUGACAUCACCUCUCUAAAUUUCUUUGUGCCUCUCCCAUCUCCCCUCUCCUCCUCCUGUUCAUCCUCCUCCUCCUGCUCCUCCUCCUUCCUUUCCACGUGGCUCCCUGUCUGAUGCUUCGCAGCUCCUUUGCUGGACGCUGUUCACACGUGGUGAGCAAACCCACAGUGAGAGGAAAGUGCUUCAGUCAUUUUUCAAGUUCCUUGAAGCGAUCUUCUCAGCCUGGUUGAUCACUGAGGAGAACCAGCAGACAUUGUGGCGAUAUGAAUGAAUCACUGAUGACAAACGACUCCUCUGUGACUCCACUGGGUGGAGAUGACCUCUCGUGGAUGGAGGCUGCCGAGCAAAACGGCAGCAUGGCGUUUUCCACGGCUGCGUUGCAGUUCCAAAUUAACCCAUGGGACAUCAUGCUCUGCAUGUCUGGCACCGUCAUCGCCUGUGAAAACGCCAUCGUGGUUGCGAUUAUCUUCUACACACCCACUCUGAGGACUCCCAUGUUUGUGCUGAUAGGGAGCCUGGCCACAGCGGACCUGCUGGCUGGUGUGGGACUAAUCCUGAACUUUGUCUUUCGGUAUGUGAUUUCCUCUGAGACCAUCAGCCUCAUCACUGUAGGUUUCCUGGUGGCCUCAUUCACAGCGUCUAUCAGCAGCCUCUUAGCCAUAACUGUGGACCGUUACUUCUCCCUCUACAAUGCUCUUACGUAUUUCUCAGAGAAAACACUGCAGUACGUCCACCUGAUGUUACUGGGCACCUGGGGCGUGUCUCUGUUCCUUGGCUUGCUGCCGGUGCUUGGCUGGAACUGCCUGGACCAACCAGCCUCCUGUAGCAUCGUGAGCCCUUUGACCCGCACCAAUGUCACCCUCCUCGCCUCCUCCUUCUUUGCCAUCUUCAUUCUCAUGCUCACUCUCUACUUCAAGAUCUGCAAGAUUGUGUGCCACCAUGCCCACCAGAUUGCCCUCCAGCAGCACUUUUUUGCCACAUCACAUUAUGUCACCACAAAGAAAGGUGUCUCCACCUUGGCCAUCAUCUUGGGGACAUUUGGCACCAGUUGGCUCCCCUUCGCCAUCUACUGCCUAGUGGGAGAGCGGGAGUACCCAGCAGUGUACACGUAUGCCACACUGCUGCCAGCAACGUACAACUCCAUGAUCAACCCAAUUAUCUACGCCUACCGAAACACAGAGAUCCAGCGUUCCAUAUACAUGCUUCUGUGUGGCUGCUUUCAGGCCAGCGGGGUGUAUCGCUCCAGGUCACCGAGUGAAGUCUAGCAGAUUGG